AUCACUUCACUUCACUUGUGUUCUGUUCUAUUCACCACCUUCUCUGCUUAUUGUUCUUGCUGCUGCUUCUCACUCAACAGUUUCACUUCUAUCAUCAGUUUGUUUUCGAGAUUUCGGGUUAAUGGAACUUGGUUUGAAGAGAAAGUUACCACAAAAUGACUUUUCUAUGGAUGAACUCAAUGAAGAUCUCUUGGAAAGGAUACUUUCAUGGCUCCCAACUUCAGCAUUCUUUCGCCUCAAUUCUGUCAGCAAAAGAUGGAAAUCUGCUGCUAAUUCUGCGAGUUUCAAGCUCGCCUGCUCGCGAAUUCCUUCCCGGGAUCCUUGGUUCUUGAUGGUUGCUCCAAACCUCAAGCAAUCUGUUGUGUUUAACUCUGCUGAAAACAGUUGGAAAAGGCUCAAUUAUCCGUGCCAUCUUCGCGAAGAUUCCGACCAAGGUUGCAUGCCAGUUGCAGCCUCUGGUGGCCUAGUUUGCUACCGGAAAUCGUCCGGAAAUUUCAUCGUGUGCAAUCCAGUGACAGGGUCUUGUAGCAAACUCCCACCAUUGCAUUUUGCCUCAGAAAAUCAUCAAUCUCUCAAUGCAGUUGUGAUGAGUAGUACAACUUCAAAUGGCCAACAAUCCUACAAGAUUGUGUUGGUUCUUGGUGAAAUUCCAAAUCUUUUCCUUAAAUUCUACAAUUCAAGCUCUGGUUGUUGGGAAGAUGAGUCUGCACUGAAGAAGAAUGUUGAUGAUAGUUCAAUGGAUUGUGAUUCGACCGAUGCCAAUGUUGUUUACUUCCUUAGCACAACAGGAACUGUGGUUGCUAGUAACAUGCAGAGAAGCCCAUCAAAGCAAUAUUCAUCAGUUAUUACUUACAAAGACGGCCGGGAGACAGUCUACUUCCUUAGCUCAUCCGGGACAGUAGUAGCUUGUAAUUUGGCAGACAAGUCCUUCUUUGAGUAUCCCAGGUUGUUGCCUGUUUUCAGCGAGUAUUCUAUCGAUAUUGCAGUGUGUAAUGGUGAACUGGUAGUUGUUCUGCUAUCAGAAUUCUUGGAGAGUGCUAGUCUUAGGGUGUGGAAAUACGAUGAGGCUAACCGGCGCUGGCAACAGAUUGUAGUGAUGCCAGCAGCUAUGUCUCAUGAGUGGUAUGGAAGGAAGGUGGAUAUUAACUGCGUCGGAGCAGGCGAUCGGAUAUUUAUAUGCUUGAACUCUCCUGAGAUUUGCACUUAUAUAGUGUGUGAUUUGGUGACCAACACUUGGGUUGAAUUGCCAAAAUGUUGCAUUAAUGGUGAAGUCAUGGAAUUCAUGUCUGCAUUUUCAUUUGAGCCUAGGAUAGAGGCUUCUGUAUGAAUUUGAUUAUCAUACUACUUUCUUGUGUUCUGUUAGCACAUUUUUUUAUUCAUUUUUUACAUUUGUAUCCAGUGACUAGUAUUAUCAAUUAAUGUCCUUGUUGAUGAUUCUUUUAAUAAUGUGUAGUUAUGCUGCCAAU